AUGAUAAACAUCACACAGGUUUCAUAUUUCACUCUUGCUGGCUAUUUUGACACAGGACGUGUAACUUACUUAUGUUUCGUUAUUAUUCUGACUUUGUAUAUUUUCAUUAUUGUUUCCAAUGUCUUGCUGAUUGUGGUUAUCUGUAUGAACAGAAGCUUACAUGAACCUAUGUACAUGUUUCUGUGCAGCCUGUUUGUAAAUGAGCUGUAUGGUAGUACAGGGCUGUUUCCAUCCCUCCUGAUUCAGAUCCUCUCUGACGUUCACACUGUUUCUGCUCCUCUGUGCUUGCUGCAGGUUUUCUGUGUUCACAUUUAUGGGGCUGUAGAAUAUUUGAACUUAGCUAUCAUGUCUUAUGACAGGUACCUUGCUAUCUGUUAUCCUUUGCAAUACAACACACGUAUGACAUCUAAAAAAAUUGCCGUACUUACAGCUAUAACAUGGUUGUAUCCCUGUUUUGCAAUGGCUCCAUUGUUAUUUUUGACCUCACGUUUGCAGCUGUGUGGAAACAUCAUUAACAAAGUUUACUGUGACACACACUCUGUUGUCAAGCUGGCAUGCUCAGACACCAUUGUGAUUAACAUGUAUGGCCUCCUUGCUACUUUCAGCAUGAUCUUUGGUGCCUUACUUUUUAUUCUUUACACCUACAUGAAGAUUCUGCUGGUUUGUUUUUCUGGUUCUGAUCAGACCAGACAGAAAGCUGUCAGUACCUGCACACCUCACCUGGCUUCCAUUUUGAACUUUUCCUUUGGCGCGAGCUUUGAAAUCUUACAGAGCAGAUUUAAUAUGAAUAAUGUGCCCAACAUGCUGCGCAUCUUUUUAUCAUUAUAUUUUCUUACAUGCCAGCCGCUCUUCAAUCCUGUGAUGUACGGCCUGAAAAUGACCAAAAUCCGGAACAUUUGUAAACGUUUGCUUCCUCCGGGUUCUCGUCCUCCGUGGCUGCGGCGUGGAAAACCGCGGCGUCAUACCGCACGGCUCCGGGGACGAAUCAUGCAGCUGCUGCCAGGAAUUCCCCUUCCGCCAUGGCUGCGGCGCCCGCUGAGGAGGGGAGGGACCAGUGAGCGGAGUGACAGGUGAGCGAGCGGCAGGAGACAAAAAAAUUCCGCCAGUGCGGAUAACUCGUGGCUUAGGAGGAGGAGGUGAGUGGCGUCGCCGGGGACCGUUCCAAAAAGCAGGUCCCCCCAGCGCCAGGCGAGUGCCACUGUAGGGGUCGGAGUCUGCGGGGUCCAUUCGUGGUCGCGUCAUUCUGUCAUGGCGGGCCGCCGUGCAGGCAGGAAGGAGGAC